GCUCGGUGAAUUAGCCGCCAGUUAUUUACUAGACUCCUGAAUAAUAGAAAGCGUAAUGCAACUCAUAGCCAAAUAGAUUUUCACUUUCCUAUGAAAAUGUUGCAUAAUUUAAAACAUAGUGGUGAUUUAGUUAUGGGAUCUAUCAAUAUCCCAAUAUAGGUUCAUCCUUACUUUUUUGAACCAUUAACUCCUAUUGAAAAUAACGGCUUUAUCCUUUUACCAGUCAUUUCAAAUGUGCUGUUAAUUAAUUUUUACGAGAUAAUGUUGUCUUUACAUUAAUGAAAUAAAAAAACAAAAGACGGCGAAGUUUUCCUUUUAAAAUGUUUGAUACAGUGAAAAUUUGGCAGAGGAAUACGGACGGCUAACUGUCCAUUACUAAAUAUCGAUGAGUGAUGCAACGGCAUGGCAAAUUGAAUUUAGUAUUUGUAGGGAAGUGUACACAAUAAGUUUUCAGACCAAUGGACAGAGGAACAUAUAGUUUAUUUAUCUGGAAUCGUGUACAGUGAUUUAACAGUCGGAUAAACAAAAGACAAAUAUUUCUGUUAGUUAUUAGCAGCCUUUAUAACAUAAUGGAUUUACUUUCUAUCAGUAAUACUUCAUGAAGAGAGGAGGGUUGGAUUUUUAAUCACUGGAUAAAGAUAAUUUUAAUUUGGAAUUGUUCUUACUAAAUUCAAUGGAUUGGAACAAAGUAUAUUUUUGUACUUAUUAAUAAUCUGGAUAAAUGUUAGAAAUAUUACACAAGCACUUCUUGACGAAAAGUAUGAAGACGAUGAUGUAUCGAGCAGUGUUUCUGUUAUUUACAGCCCCAUGGUGUGUGGGUAGGAUGAGACAUAGCAGAAACCAGAGGUCGUGCUAUGAUGAUAUUGUAGAAUUAACAGAAGAAGACAGAUUAAUCCAUAAAAAGUUAAAGCAAUACGAAUACCGGGGAACCUUAAGUAGACCUGUGGAAAAGUUCACCGAUAUCAUGAAAAUCGAGUUUGGCCUACAACUGAUACAAAUUAUCGACUUAGAUGAGAAAGAACAAGUUUUAACGUUAAAUGUCUGGGUAGAUCAUAAAUGGCAUGACAGAUAUCUUACAUGGAACGUUUCUGAAUAUAAAGGUGUAACAGAGCUUCAUCUACCGUCUUCAAAAAUAUGGACCCCUGAUAUCAAAUUGUAUAAUUAUGCUGAUAAACGAAUUACAGAGUACAGGGAUGCAUUAAUUAUCGUACAACAUACAGGAGAUAUUUCAUGGCUUCCACAGGCAGUAUUUAAAAGUCAGUGUAACAUAGACGUGGCGACCUUUCCAUUUGAUAAACAAAACUGUACCCUUAAGUUUGGAUCAUGGACUUACGGUGGUAAUCAACUCGAUUUACAGUUUAAAAAUGGACAAGCAAACUUUAGCUUGGCAGACUAUACAGAAAGUAAUGUUUGGGAAAUUAAAGACAUUACUGCCGUACGCCAUGAGAUGAAUUAUGUCUGUUGCGAUUAUGCGUUCAUAGAUCUAACCUUUACACUUGUGAUACGAAGGAGAGCAACAUUUUAUGCCAAUAUAUUGAUAUUACCCUGUGUGUUAUUGACCUCUUUAACGUUAGUUUUGUUUUGGAUCCCGCCUGAAUCACCUGCAAAAAUGAUGCUUGGUAUGACCCUUUUUAUGGCGUUCUUCAUAUUACUUAUUCUGUAUAGCGGGAACAUGACGCCGACGGAAGGGUCGAUUCCGGUAUUAGGUACAUACUACUGCUUGAACAUGGUGUUGAUUACACUAUCAUCUUUCCUAAAUGUUUUUGUUGUUAAUAUGACUUUCUUUGGAGCCCGAGCACCUGUCCCGUAUGCACUUAAAAGGAUAAUGUUCACAUGGGUAGCCAGAAUGCUAUGUAUGGAAAAUCUAGUGUUACCUUUUAUGAACGAAGGAGAAAUGGCGUGUGCUUCAAAACCACAUUUUAUGGGAGUGAAUAGUGACAAUAAAUGGUCAAAUGAUUGGCGGGGAUCCAACGAAUGUUUAUUAACAGUACAAAAAGACAUAACAGACAACCAUACACAACUAGCACAACUUCAUUCUAAGGUGGCGGAAAUACGAAACUUUCUCAAAUUAUACAAAGAACGACUUGAAGAGAAAGACAGAAAGGAAAAAGUAACGAGAGAAUGGAAAGCACUCGCUUUAGUUUUUGACAGAAUAUUUUUUAUAAUUUACUUUACGACCAUUGUAGUAUCAUUAUCAAUUGUUAUAGUGUUUAUUUUCUCAAACUGAAGUUUUGUUGUGAUAAUUCCUAUAGUAGUACACUAUGGUAGGAUGGAUAUCAAUUGAUUGAUACAAUACUUAGCUUUAUGGUUUAAGGUAUAGAUCUUUUAACUAUUUCAAAGUUUAUAAUAAUUUGACGAUCUUCCUGGAACUAAAACAUGUUUUUUAAGACAUUUGUAUCAUUGUGACAAUUAGAUGAAAAGAAAAUUUCAUUUAACAAUUUGUUGCAAUUUAUUUGUAAAAUUGCUUCUACGUUAAAAACCUGAUAUACGGAAUGAAAUCUUACGCUUUUAACAGUUAGUACGAGACACAUAUGCCUUAACAUUGACACUUGUUAUUCAGUAGUUCAUCCUACCAUAUUGUAAAUAUCUUAGGAAUGCGGGAUCAAAACUAUGAACCAUUCCCAGUUUGUUAUUAUGCAUAAUGUUAUUGUUAACAGAAGUGUCCUUUACCGACAGAAGUAUUUAUUAUUCAUAUCACACUACAGUAAAACAUUUAUUAUUCAUAUCACACUACAGUGGAACAUUUAUUAUUCAUAUAACACUACAGUACAAGAACGUGACAAUUUGACAUUUCUACUGUUUUAACAUUUGUAUUGUUUCACUUUAAGUGUAUAUAAACACGUGCACAACACCAUUCCACAAUGUCAUUUAAAUUGCACUGACCAUUUUUUACAUUGUAAAUAUGUCAGGUAUUUUUAUUGGUUUGUCAAGGCUGUAUUUUGUUAGAUAUUUUACGAAGUACGAAAAGUAUAUAAGAAUAAAUUAUGGGAUCAUUAAAUAUCUGGAAUUGUGUAUUUAUAUUUUAAAUGGGAAAUCAAUUGUUACAUUUUGAAAAAUGAAUUAAUUUAAAUAAGCUAAUUUUUUUUUUAUUAUGAACAACUCACAAAUAUAAAUGUGUGUAUCCCACUUUUAAAUCGUCACGUGAUUAACUGAUUGAACUACUGCAAAAGAGAGGAAAAGAAACUAAAUGACCAUAUUGCAUUAUUGCAGGACUUUUUCUGUUAUUUGUAGAUAAUAUUUCGUGUAAAUUUUUAUUUUUAUUUUUACUAGUAGAAAUCUAAACACCACAUACACAAAGAAUAACGACACAUAUGUUUGACUCACUUUUAUAAUUUCUAGAUGGUGAAUAUUUUCGUUCUAUUUUUCAUUUAAAAAAAAAAAGUUUGUUUUAGGUCAGUUUGUUGAACUACAACAUGGUAGGUUUCGUGAUAAUCAAAAAAUAAUUUAGUAGUAUUUACAAACACCAUGCACACAGUUAACAAAAAAGUUGGGCUUCAAUAUAAUAAGAUUUUCAUGCUUCAAACAAAGAUGAUGAAAGUGAUUAGAGAAUAUUGAAAGUGAUUAAAAACAAUAGAAAAGAUUAGAGAACAUAGAUAAUUGUGUGUUAUCGUGUGCAUCAUUUGAACGAAGAACGAUGUUUGAAGUCUUCUAAUUGUUAGUUAAAUUAAAAUUUGUUCCAAUUAGUCCAUAAAAUAGGAAUGAAUUUUUAAAUUAUAUAAGAUGCUGCCUACGUCUUCCACCAAGAUAAUUACCUUUUUAGAAUAUUUUAUCAUCACAUCAUGCUGUUAUAACUAAAUUAUAUUAUUUUUUGGCUGCUUGAAUAUAAGACAUUGUUAUUUGAAUAGAAUACACUGUGAUACUAAUACCGUGUCGCCAUUUACCUUUUGCCUUAAGUAAACAAAUUGGUUUUCUUUAUAGAAGUUUUGCACCUAGGUUAGAUAUAUAUUAGGUAUUCUGACCUAUGAAGUAGAUAAAGGCAACAGUAGUAUACCGUAAGUUUGACAUGCAGCACCUAUAUUAGAUAUAUAUUAGGUAUACCGACCUAUGUAGAAGAUAAGGGCAACAGUAGUAUACCGUAAGUUUGACCUAUGUAGUAGAUAAGGGCAACAGUAGUAUACCGUAAGUUUGACCUAUGUAGUAGAUAAGGGCAACAGUAGUAUACCGUAAGUU